AUGGUAUUGAGUAUAGAGCUAUACAGAGGAGUGUUCAGAAGUAUAUACCUACGUAAUAAGGUAUUCCAACAUGUUGUUAAUAUACAUAGACUGUUAUGUGGAGGUCAAGACUCUUCUCAAUCCCAUUCUCAAUCACAUCAACAACGUCGUCGUAGAACAUUACAAUACAAUCAGAUUGAUAGUGCACAAUGGAUGAUACAUAAUGGAUAUAUAGAACUACUCAUUGAUAAGAUAAUGAAUACAAGACAUCGUGUAUACUUCUCAACAAACUCAAUAAGAUGGCUACUCAAGAAUCAUCAUACUCUUUCGACAACAACACUCAUUCAAUCAUUGUAUCAAUGUAAUAGUUGGCUGUUUAGUACGCAACAGAUUGAUGUAGCAGAGAGUAUAUGUGCAGGUGGCUCACUAGAGCUACUGCGCUUCUUUGUCGAACAACAUCGCUAUCCGAUCUCAUCAUCAAGUCUUGAAAUGGCUGCAUCAAACGGUCAUCUGAACAUCAUUCAACACCUAGUCAACCAACACACAACAGUUAGAUGUACACCAUACUGCUACGAAGCUGCUGCGGCACGCGGCCACCUGGACAUCAUCAAGCUGCUACACUCCAAAAGCAACAUCAAGCCAUCAACUCAAUCAUUGGAUGUUGCCGCACAGAAUGGUCAUCUCGAUGUGGUUCGCUACCUCUUGCUUCACGCACAUGUCACCCCAACAUCACGUGCCACAGACUUGGCGGUUGCCAAUGGUCAUCUUGAAACGGCACGCUUCCUCCUGAACAAUGUCAACCUGUUCUCAAGUAUGCUGCCUGUAUACGCUUGCCAGAGUGGCUCGAUGGACUUGGUCAAAGACUGCAACAACCUGGGCAAUCGAGUCAAGUUCACCACUGCGUGCAUGGAUGUAGCACCCUCACUCGAGAUCAUUCGUUAUCUACAUCACAAUCGCCCUGAAGGGUGCACCUUUGUUUGUUUCGACAAUGCCGUCAGCAGGGCUGACAUUGACAGUGUCGUCUUCCUCUUUGAGCGCUACGACAACCUGUUGACAUUGCCACUGAUCAACAAACUGCUCUUCCGUGCUGGCACUAAAGGUCUGGUCGACAUCAUGGCGUACAUUCACCAAAAGGCAAUAAGUAAGGGCGAUCUCAAUGGCAUGGUCGUGCCAUGGACAUCCUUGUUGAUGGAGAAUCAAUCGUUGGCAGUCAUCGAGCUGCUGCACAACCUCUCGAUCCCAGGCUGCAGGGACACUACAAUGGCCGAGGCUGCACUACAUGGCUCAUUGGACAUUGUCCAAUUCUUGAAUGAGAAACGAACAGAGAGCACAAACAUCAGUGCGAUUAACAACGCAGCCAAGAAUGGCCAUCUCCAUAUCGUCGAUUACCUCCAUCGCAAUCGAACUGAACAAUGUAGCGAGAGGGCAUUGCACGACGCCGCUGCCAAUGGUCACCUGCGCGUCGUUGAGUACCUUUUGGCCAACAACAUGGUGCAUCCCAAUCAGAAAUCAUUAGAGGCUGCCAUACGAGGAGGCGACAUUGGCAUUGUAGAAAAGAUAAUGGAACACAAUCAGAACAUUCGACUCACGAUCAAGAUUGUCGAGAGCUGUCUGCUGCAUGUACUGCAGCACGCAAAUGUACCAAUGUUCAAGUGGUUGCUGGAUCGCACUGGUUUUGAGGUGUUGAACCAGCCCCUGUUCAAUCAAUUCAUCGCGACGAUAUUGGAACUGGGAUUGGAAGAAGAGACAAUUCAAUAUCUCUACAAGUUCAAUGAGCAGUUCCAAGACAUUGACGUGGCCUCAUUGGUGGUCUCUGAGCGAACAUUCCUGUCCACAGUAGAGUACCUCUAUCAACAUUUCACAGUGACUACCUCUCGAUCCAAUCCAAUUGAAUCA